AUACAUUUGACAUUUCUCGACAAAGACUAAAAAAAUGUAUUACCCAUGCGGCAGAGACUAAACCCUAGUUUACAUUUAACGGAUGACUGAACCAAGGAAAAGGGUUUUCGGUCUAUGUUUUUAGGAUAUCUGUCAAAGCGACUCAAGCUAACACCUCCAUACGUCCAGCCUCGCUUGGCGCUUUUUCUCUCCGAUUCCUCCAACGCGUGUCAAUUCUACGCAUCCACGGCAUCUUCACCGAUUACAGACAAGGUACCAGAGAAGAAGAUGGAGCCGGUGGAGGAUCCUGAGCGGAAGAAGAGGAGGGAACAAAAGGCAAAGGAGAAGGAGUUGAAGAAACAGAAGGCCUUAGAGAAGGCGGAAUUGGCAAAAAAAAUGGCACAAGACGGCGGAAAUGCCACAAAAAAGAGUGUAAAAAAGAAUGCAAGGAGAGAUGCAGGGGAAGUUGAAGAGAAUCCAGAGGAUUUUGUUGACCCAGAGACUCUCUCUGGGGAGAAGAAGAGGCUGUCCCAUCAUAUGGCUAAACAGUACAGUCCAAGCGCAGUAGAGAACUCAUGGUAUGCAUGGUGGGAAAGGUCUGGAUUUUUUGUGGCAGAUGCAAACAGCUCAAAGCCACCAUUUGUAGUUGUUCUUCCCCCUCCAAAUGUAACAGGGGCUCUACAUAUAGGCCAUGCCCUUACUACCGCAAUACAGGAUACAAUAAUUCGUUGGAAGAGAAUGUCUGGGUAUAAUGCACUAUGGGUGCCUGGCAUGGACCAUGCUGGGAUAGCAACACAGGUUGUUGUGGAAAAGAAGCUAAUGCGUGAACGUCACUUGACCAGGCAUGAUAUAGGGCGCGAAGAAUUCAUAUCUGAAGUCUGGAAGUGGAAAGACCAGUAUGGGGGCACCAUACUGGGGCAGCAGCGUCGGUUGGGUGCUUCACUUGAUUGGUCACGCGAGUGCUUCACCAUGGACGAGAAAAGAUCAAAGGCUGUUACAGAGGCUUUUGUUCGGCUGUACAAUGAAGGGAUGAUAUAUAGGGAUCUACGUCUGGUCAAUUGGGAUAGUGUUUUACGAACUGCCAUAUCAGACAUUGAGGUGGACCAUAUAGAUAUCAAGGAGAGGACAUUGUUGAAGAUUCCUGGUUACGAAACCUUGGUGGAGUUUGGUGUUUUAACCUCGUUUGCAUAUCCUAUAGAGGGAGGGCUGGGUGAGAUCGUAGUUGCCACUACUAGGGUGGAAACAAUGCUUGGGGAUACUGCUAUUGCAGUACAUCCUAAUGAUCACAGAUACAGUCAUCUACAUGGAAAAUGUGCAAUUCAUCCAUUUAAUGGGAGGAAGCUUAAAAUAAUAUGUGAUCCGAUACUUGUAGAUCCGACUUUCGGGACUGGUGCUGUUAAGAUUACUCCAGCACAUGAUCCGAAUGAUUUUGAUGUUGGAAAGCGUCAUAAUCUAGAGUUUAUCAACAUUUUCACUGAUGAUGGGAAGAUAAAUAGCAAUGGAGGUCCAGAUUUUGUAGGAAUGCCACGUUUUACUGCCCGUGUGGCUGUGACUGAAGCAUUAGAGAAGAAGGGAUUGUAUAGAGGUUCUGCGAACAAUGAGAUGCGCCUUGGGCUUUGCUCAAGAAGUAACGAUGUUGUGGAGCCAUUGAUAAAGCCCCAGUGGUAUGUUAGCUGCAAUAGCUUGGCAAAGCAAGCUCUUGAUGCAGCCAUGGAUGAAGAAAAUAGGAAACUUGAGAUUAUCCCGAAACAGUACACUGCUGAUUGGAAAAGAUGGCUUGAGAACAUACGUGACUGGUGCAUCUCAAGACAAUUGUGGUGGGGUCAUCGCAUUCCUGCUUGGUACGUGACUCUGGAAAGUGAUGAAUUAAAGGAACUUGGGGUAUACAAUGACCACUGGGUAGUCGCUAGAAAUGAGGAAGAGGCUCGAGCAGAGGCCAGUAGAAAGUAUGGCGAGAACUUUGUCCUUUGUCAAGAUCCUGAUGUACUGGAUACCUGGUUUUCAUCUGGGCUAUUUCCAUUAUCUGUGUUGGGUUGGCCUGAUGAUACUGAUGAUCUAAGGGCAUUUUAUCCUACUUCUGUUCUGGAAACUGGCCAUGACAUUCUCUUUUUCUGGGUUGCUCGGAUGGUGAUGUUAGGAAUUAAACUAGGAGGUGAUGUACCAUUCACGAAGGUUUAUCUACAUCCUAUGAUUCGUGAUGCCCACGGUCGUAAGAUGUCAAAGUCUUUGGGAAAUGUUAUUGACCCUCUUGAAGUGAUAAAUGGGAUAACUCUUGAAGGUCUUCACAAGAGACUGGAGGAAGGAAAUUUGGACCCCAGUGAGCUGGUUGUUGCCAAAGCAGGUCAGGUGAAAGACUUCCCUAGUGGUAUUGCUGAAUGUGGUGCAGAUGCUCUCCGAUUUGCGCUUGUCUCUUAUACAGCUCAGUCAGAUAAAAUAAACUUGGAUAUUCAGCGAGUUGUUGGGUAUCGACAGUGGUGUAACAAACUCUGGAAUGCAAUUAGGUUUGCUAUGGGCAAACUUGGAGAAGAUUAUACCCCUCCAUUGAAUGUACCUCCAGAGACGAUGCCUUUCUGCUGCAGGUGGAUUCUUUCUGUGCUUAAUAAGGCCAUUACUGAAACGGUGUUGUAUUUGAAUUCCUAUGAAUUCUCCGCUGCUGCCCAGACGUUGUAUGCAUGGUGGCAAUACCAGCUUUGUGAUGUCUUUAUUGAAGCUAUCAAGCCUUACUUUACAGAUGAUGACCCAUCUUUUGCAUCGGAGAGGAGUUCUGCACGAGAUGUUCUUUGGGUGUGUUUGGAAACUGGCCUGCGACUGCUUCAUCCAUUUAUGCCAUAUGUUACAGAGGAGUUGUGGCAGCGCCUUCCUGCACCUAAAGGCUGUUAUAGAAAAGAAUCAAUCAUGAUAUCUGAAUACCCAUCAGCUGUGGAGAGUUGGACAGACGAAUCAGCAGAAAAAGAAAUGGAUCUUGUUCAAGACACUGUGAAAUCUUUUAGGUCGUUGAGGGCAGAGGUGCUAGCAAAAAAAUAUGAGAGGCUGCCGGCUUUCGUUUUUUGCCAAACUGAUGAAGUAGCAGAAAUCAUAAAAAGCCAUGAAUUGGAAAUCUUAACUCUUGCCACAUUAUCAUCUUUAAAGGUUUUGUUGAAUGGGAAAGACACUGCUCCAGCAGGAUGUGCAUUUGAAACUAUCAAUGAAAAUCUUAAAGUUUAUCUGGAGACUCAAGGAGAUUUUAAUCCAGAAAAAGAACUUGCAAAGAUAAGGAGUAAAAUGGCUGAGAUAGAAAAGAAACAUAAGAAAUUGGAGGAGAUGGUGAAGGCAUCUGGCUAUCAAGAAAAAGUGUCAUCUCGUCUUCGUGAAGCAAAUGCUGCAGAGCUGACCAGACUUCUUCGGGAAUUUGAAUUUUUCAAACUAGAAAGUGAGAGUCUGGAAGCAGCAACGGGGGACAAAAAAUGUUGACCAAAAAUGAAUUUCAUUCAUUUAAAGGAGAGCUGGAUGGUUUGUAAGGGCAUUCUUGGGGUUAGAAUGCUCUCCUUUAACAAGGAGGAAAGGCAAACGAUACAAUAUUUGCAGACAUUAUUUCUAAAACAUUUAAAAUUUUGAUUUUUCUCAUUAUUUUGUUUCUCAGAAACAUUACCUGUUCUAAAAAGUCAGUUAGUUACAAUAAAAAAAUUAUAUGAUUUGUAUUUUUUUGAACGAGUAAUACCUCUGCGUGAUUAUGUACUUUUUA